AUUGUCCCUCCCCCGCCGCCCAGCAGCAGCUUCAGCGGAUCAGCGCCGGAGCGGAGCCAGAACCGGGCCGGAACAUGUCGUGCAGCGAGGAUGAGCGGGAAGAGUUCGGAGCGGCGGAGGAGCAGCCCGUCCUGCCCGAUGAGGAGGAGCAGGAGGAGCCGCUGUCGGAGGUGGACGAGCUGCCCAAGUCCAAGAAGAAGAAGAAAGCGAAGAAGAGCAGCAGAGAGAACCGCAGCAGCAAGAGGCAGAGACCGGCCAGAGAGGAGUUAGCGGUCAGCUCCCCGGAGCCGCUGCUGGGGCCGGAGGCCGCCGAGCGCGAGGCCGAGGACGGAGGCCUGCGGUCGGACAGCGAGGGCAGCGAUUACGCCCCCGGCAGGAAGAAGAAGAAACGCUCGAGCUCGGCCAAAGACAAGAAGAAAGGAGGAGCGGCAGAGAAAGGAGGGUCCAGCAGCGCCAAGAGCAAACGGAAAGAACCGGAACCAGAGGACGACGAGGACGAGGACGACGACUGUCAGCCCAAGAGCUCCACCCAGCUGCUGGAGGCCUGGGGCAUGAAGGACAUCGACCACGUCUUCACCCAGGACGACUACAGCUCCCUGACCAACUACAAGGCCUUCAGCCAGUUCGUCAGGCCGCUGAUUGCAGCUAAGAACCCUAAAAUCGCUGUUUCCAAGAUGAUGACUUUAAUGAUGGCCAAGUGGAGAGAGUUCAGCACAAACAACCCGCUGAAGGGUUGUGCGACCGCUAAUGCAGCGCUAGCCGCUGCUAAUGUGGCUGCAGCUGUGGAGAACAUGGUGGUCGCAGGAACCGACGGAGCAGCAGAGAACGUUACUGCUGCUGCACCUGCAGCUGCUGUUCCUGCUGCGACGCCUGCUGCAGCUCCUGCAGCUCCAGCAGUGCCGCUGCGCAAGGCCAAGACCAAAGAGGGCAAAGGUCCAAACGCUCGUAAGAGGUCGAAGCCGACACCUAAGCCUCCACCCAAACCCAAACCCAAGAAGGUGGCACCCCUCAAGAUCAAACUGGGUGGCCUGAACAGCAAGAGGAAGCGUUCCUCGAGCGACGAGGAUGAACCCGACGCCGACAGCGACUUCGAUGACGGCAGCUUCUCGGUGUCUGAUGGAUCCAACCGCAGCAGCCGACCCAAGAAGAAGCCCAAGAGUGCAAAGAAGAAGAAGAAAGUGGAGACGGAGGACGGUGACGGCUAUGAGACGGACCACCAGGACUACUGCGAGGUGUGUCAGCAGGGAGGGGAGAUCAUCCUGUGUGACACCUGCCCCAGAGCCUACCACAUGGUCUGCCUGGACCCCGACAUGGAGAAGGCUCCCGAGGGCAAGUGGAGCUGCCCGCACUGUGAGAAGGAGGGGAUCCAGUGGGAGGCCCGGGACGAGCUGUCGGAGGCGGAGGGCGAGGAGGACGAGGAGCGGCGUGACGAAGGCCUGGAGGAGGAGGACGACCACCACAUUGAGUUCUGUCGGGUCUGUAAGGACGGAGGAGAGCUGCUGUGCUGCGACACCUGCCCGUCCUCCUACCACAUCCACUGCCUGAACCCGCCGCUGCCCGAGAUCCCCAACGGAGAGUGGAUCUGCCCCCGCUGCAAGUGUCCACCCAUGAAGGGUAAAGUGCAGAAGGUUCUGACGUGGCGCUGGGGCGACCCGCCGGCCCCGACGCCGGUCCCUCGGCCUGCCGACCUUCCUGCCGACGCUCCCGAUCCCCCACCGCUGGCCGGCCGCCGAGAGAGGGAGUUCUUCGUCAAGUGGUGCAACAUGUCGUACUGGCACUGCUCCUGGGUUCAGGAGCUGCAGCUGGAGCUGAACUGUCAGGUGAUGUUCCGUAACUACCAGAGGAAGACCGACAUGGACGAACCGCCGCCGGUCGACUUCGGAGGCGAAGGCGACGAUGAUAAGAGCACCAAGAGGAAGAACAAGGAUCCCCUGUUCGUCCACAUGGAAGAAGAGUUUUACCGCUACGGGGUGAAGAUGGAGUGGCUGAUGAUCCACCGCAUCCUGAACCACAGCGUCGAUAAGAAGAACAACGUCCACUACCUGAUCAAGUGGAGAGACCUGCCGUAUGACCAGUCCACCUGGGAGAGUGAAGACAUGGACAUUCCCGAGUUCGACACCUACAAACAGACGUACUGGAACCACAGAGAGCUGAUGAUGGGGGAGGAGGGCCGCCCGGGGAAGAAGCUGAAGAAGCCGGUGAAAGUGAAGAAGGCCGAGCGUCCGCCUGCUAAUCCGGUGGUGGAUCCCACCAUCAAGUUCGACCGGCAGCCCGACUACCUGGACAGCACCGGGGGAACCCUGCACCCCUACCAGCUGGAGGGGCUGAACUGGCUCCGGUUCUCCUGGGCUCAGGCCACCGACACCAUCCUGGCUGACGAGAUGGGUUUGGGAAAGACUGUGCAGACGGCCGUGUUCCUCUACUCUCUGUACAAGGAGGGUCACUCCAAAGGUCCGUUCCUGGUCAGCGCUCCUCUGUCCACCAUCAUCAACUGGGAGCGGGAGUUCGAGAUGUGGGCUCCAGACAUGUACGUGGUGACGUACGUGGGAGACAAAGACAGCCGAGCAGUGAUCCGAGAGAACGAGUUCUCCUUCGAGGGAAACGCCAUCCGAGGAGGAAAGAAGGCCUCCAAGAUGAAGAAAGACACUCAGGUGAAGUUCCACGUCCUGCUGACGUCCUACGAGCUGAUCACCAUCGACCAGGCGGUUCUGGGCUCCAUCGAGUGGGCCUGUCUGGUGGUGGACGAGGCUCACCGGCUCAAGAACAACCAGUCCAAGUUCUUCCGGGUGUUGAACAACUACCCGCUGCAGCACAAGCUGCUGCUGACUGGAACUCCUCUGCAGAACAACCUGGAGGAGCUUUUCCACCUGCUGAACUUCCUGACUCCAGAGAGAUUCAAUAACCUGGAGGGUUUUCUGGAGGAGUUUGCAGACAUUGCCAAAGAGGACCAGAUCAAGAAGCUGCACGACAUGCUGGGACCACACAUGCUGAGGAGGCUGAAGGCCGACGUCUUCAAACACAUGCCUUCAAAGACGGAGCUCAUCGUCCGGGUGGAGCUGAGCCCGAUGCAGAAGAAAUACUACAAGUUUAUUCUGACUCGUAACUUCGAGGCCCUGAACACUCGUGGAGGUGGAAACCAAGUGUCUCUGCUGAACGUAGUGAUGGACCUGAAGAAGUGCUGCAACCAUCCGUACCUGUUCCCGGCUGCUGCCACCGAGGCGCCGAAGCUUCCAAACGGCAUGUACGAAGGCACGGCGCUGACCAAGUCCUCAGGGAAGCUGAUGCUGCUGCAGAAGAUGAUGCGGAGGCUGAAGGAUGGAGGCCACAGGGUUCUGGUGUUCUCCCAGAUGACCAAGAUGCUCGACCUGCUGGAGGACUUCCUGGAGAACGAAGGCUACAAGUACGAGAGGAUCGACGGAGGCGUCACCGGAAACCUGCGGCAGGAAGCCAUCGAUCGCUUCAACGCUCCUGGAGCUCAGCAGUUCGCCUUCCUGCUCUCCACCAGAGCCGGAGGUCUGGGCAUCAACCUGGCCUCCGCCGACACCGUCAUCAUCUACGACUCCGACUGGAACCCCCACAAUGACAUCCAGGCGUUCAGCAGAGCUCAUCGGAUCGGCCAGAACAGGAAGGUGAUGAUUUACCGCUUCGUGACCAAAGCGUCUGUGGAGGAGAGAAUCACUCAGGUGGCCAAGAAGAAGAUGAUGCUGACCCACCUCGUGGUCCGGCCCGGUCUGGGCUCUAAGACUGGCUCCAUGUCCAAGCAGGAGCUCGACGACAUCCUCAAGUUUGGAACCGAAGAGCUGUUCAAGGACGAAGUGGGAGACGGAGACAACAAGGAGGACGACAGCAGCGUGAUCCACUACGACGACCAGGCCAUCGACCGGCUGCUGGACAGGAACCAGGACGCCACCGAGGACACGGAGCUGCAGAGCAUGAACGAGUACCUGAGCUCCUUCAAGGUGGCUCAAUAUGUGGUGAAAGACGAGGACGACGAGGAGGAGGAGGUGGAGCGGGAGGUGAUAAAGCAGGAGGAGAGCGUCGACCCCGACUACUGGGAGAAGCUGCUGCGACAUCACUACGAGCAGCAGCAGGAGGAUCUCGCCCGAAACCUGGGCAAAGGCAAACGAACACGCAAGCCGGUCAACUACAAUGACGGCUCGCAGGAGGACCGAGGUAUUAGACAGGACUGGCAGGAGGACCAAUCAGACAACCAGUCCGACUAUUCAGUGGCCUCGGAGGAAGGAGACGAAGACUUUGAUGAACGGACCGAAGCGAACGCUCGCCGGCCGAACCGCAAAGGGCUGAGAAACGACCGGGACAAGCCUCUGCCUCCGCUGCUGGCCCGAGUCGGAGGAAACAUCGAGGUUUUGGGCUUUAACGCCCGGCAGAGGAAGGCCUUCCUGAACGCAGUGAUGCGCUAUGGGAUGCCUCCUCAGGACGCCUUCACCAACCAGUGGCUGGUCAGAGACCUGAGAGGGAAAUCUGAGAAAGAAUUCAAGGCCUACGUAUCUCUGUUCAUGCGGCACCUCUGUGAACCUGGAGCUGACGGAGCUGAAACCUUCGCCGACGGCGUCCCGCGAGAAGGUCUGUCCAGGCAGCACGUGCUCACUCGCAUCGGCGUCAUGUCGCUGAUACGGAAAAAGGUCCAGGAGUUCGAACAUGUGAACGGUCAGUGGUCCAUGCCCUGGAUGGCAGAACUGGAGGAGAACAAGAGAGCUGCAGCUCUGGCUGCAGGUGAAGACCCAAAGACCCCGUCCACCGGCACACCUGCAGACACUCAGCCCAACACACCUGUACCAGAGGAUUUGUCUAAAUCUGAGGACAAAGACGAGCUGAAGAAGGAGGCAGACGACAGUAAAGCAGCCAAGAAGGCCGAAGAUCCAGAGAUUAUUGAAAUUCCAGACGAGUCUGAAAAAUCUCCUGAGAAGAAAGAAGAAGUGGACGCUGCUGCAGAGAAGGAGGAGAAAGAAAAGGAGACGGAUGGAGACGAAGGCAAGGAGGCCGAAGACUCGAGCAAAGACAAAGAGGAGAAGGACAAAUGUUCAGAGAAAGACUCUGAGGUGAAGGGUGAAGCUUCGGAGGCAAAGAUGGAGGCAGAGGAGGAGAAAAGCAAAGAUGAACGCAAAGAUGAGAAGAUGGACACGAGUUCUCCAUCGGAGGAGAAAAAAGAACAAAAAGAGGAGAAAGAUGCAGUGAAAGCAGAAGAUUCUGGCAAACUGCAGAACGGAGAAAACACCAAAGAAGGAGGAGCGGUGCCGGUCAACGUCAGCGAGGAGAAGAAGAAGGCGACGAAGCAGAGGUUCAUGUUCAACAUCGCAGACGGAGGAUUCACAGAACUCCACUCUCUGUGGCAGAACGAGGAAAGAGCCGCCACCGUCACCAAGAAGACCUUCGAGAUCUGGCACCGGCGCCAUGACUACUGGCUGCUGGCCGGCAUCAUCCAACACGGCUACGCUCGCUGGCAGGACGUGCAGAACGACGUGAGGUUCGCCAUCCUGAACGAGCCCUUCAAAGGCGAGAUGAGCAGAGGAAACUUCCUGGAGAUCAAGAACAAGUUUCUUGCUCGCAGGUUCAAGCUGCUGGAGCAGGCGCUGGUGAUCGAGGAGCAGCUCCGCCGGGCCGCCUACCUGAACAUGACCGAGGACCCGGCGCACCCGUCCAUGGCCCUCAACACCCGCUUCAGCGAGGUCGAGUGUCUGGCCGAGUCCCACCAGCACCUGAGCAAGGAGUCCAUGUCCGGAAACAAACCCGCCAACGCUGUGCUGCACAAAGUUCUCAAACAGCUCGAGGAGCUUCUGAGCGACAUGAAGGCUGACGUCACUCGUCUCCCGGCGACCAUCGCCAGGAUUCCUCCCGUCGCCGUGCGGCUGCAGAUGUCCGAGAGGAACAUCCUGAGCCGCUUGGCGAGCCGCGGCCCCGAGGUCGCCGCUCAGAACCAAUCGCAGGGCUCGCAGCAGAUGCAGGUGCCGCGCUGACCCGUCACCUGACCUCACCGCCAUGUAGCAGACUCCUCCCCCUCAAACUCCAUGUACAGCACAGUCAGGUUAGUCGUCCUCGCUCUGCACCACCUCCCACCCCGGACCCUCGGAACCAGGCUGCUGGACUCUGAUUGGACGUGUACAUGUCGGACGGGAGCCAAUGAACCGUCACUUCCUUCUCCUCACUGGGAUCAGACUCGGUCGUCCUCCGUCCUGCCGCCGGCCGAGUCACCUGUAUGUAUCACGAAGCAGACGAGGACAGACGCAGAAAAGCAGCAUGUUUGGACUUUACCGGUGCUUUGUAGUAACUUUUAUUAAACUACUCGAGGGAUUUUCUUGUGUCAUUUUCACCUUUAGGAACUUGUGAAGGUUUUUUAGAAGUCUUGUCCUCGCCGUGUGAGAGCGUGUGUUAACCCGGGCAUAUAGAUGUGCGUCUCUACUGCAGACAGACUGUUACUGUCACUUUUAUAUCUGUUACCUCUGUGUGUGUGUGUGUCCUGAACCCACCCGUCCUGUCGGGCCCGCCUGAGCCCGACCAGCACCUCCACAUUCCUCCACAGACCAGAAGUCUCCUGAAACAUGCAGCAGGUUUGGAGAAGGAAGGAAAUCUUAAGUUAAUUUAAUUUCUUACUGUCUGUUGUUUUACAUGAUUGACUCUGGUUACUAUGGUUACCACCUCGCUGUUUCUAUCGUUGCUGUUUGUUUUUAUGGACUACAAUAAAAACUCAACAGUU